UCUAUGUGUGUGUGUGUUUAAGGAAGAGAGUUGCUUUCAGUUGCUCUUAGUCUGAAUGUGGAUUUAUAAUUUGGUGCUGAAGAAGCGAGUGAACCGACAUCUCCCAGUACCUGGAAAAAGACACAGCAUUUCAGCUCGGAUUUAUGCUUUUAAAAGAUUGCCUUGACUUUGAGGUAGGGGUCCUUCCUGCACCCCACGAUCAUGGCCUGGCUGCUUGCUAGAACUUGCUUCCCAAAAACUAUCCCCCGAGACAGAUUUUCUUCUUGCAAAACCAGAGCAUGGAGCAAGGGGCCCCUGACAGCAUACAUGCCAGAAGCGGCAGCCUUUCCUGAACCCAUGGACCACCAAGGGCUGUACCAGGUUUCAGUGGAGCAAACAGAUGCCUUUUGGGGAGCACUAGGGAGAAGUCGGAUCAUGUGGAUCAAUCCCUUCCAUACGGUUCAUUGCUGUGACUUGCAGCAGGGCCACAUGUCUUGGUUCCUGGGAGGGCAGUUGAAUGUAGCAGUCAACUGUUUAGAUCGACAUGUCCAUAAAGCUCCAAAUAAAGUUGCCCUGAUAUGGGAGAAAGAUGAACCUGGACAAGAGGACCAAAUUACAUACAGAGAAUUGCUGGAGAUGACAUGCCGCCUUGGGAACACCUUGAAACGACAGGGAGUAAAGAAGGGUGACCGGGUCGCCAUCUACAUGCCCUCAUGUCCUAUGGCUGUGGCAAGCAUGUUGGCCUGUGCCCGGAUCGGAGCCAUACACACUGUGGUAUUUGCUGGAUUCAGCUCUGUUGCAUUGGCUGAAAGGAUCCAAGAUGCUCAGUCUGAAACAGUAAUCACAGUGAACCAGGGCUUGCGAGGAGGCAAGGUUGUUCAACUAAAGAAGACAGUGGAUGAGGCUGUGAAACUGUGUCCAAUGGUGAAGCGAGUUUUUGUUUCUAAGAGGACGGAAGAGAAUGUUCCCAUGUCAGACCUGGAUAUACCACUGGAAGAGGAGAUGAUGAAAGAGGAUGUCACCUGUGAGCCUGUUGCUUUGGAGAGUGAAGAUUUCCUGUUCCUCCUCUACACUUCAGGCAGUACUGGAAAACCCAAAGGGCUGGUCCACUCCCAGGCAGGCUAUUUGCUGUAUACUGCCAUCACACACAAGUAUGUGUUUGACUACCAUGAUGGAGAUGUCUUUGGCUGCGUUGCAGACAUUGGCUGGAUUACAGGACACAGUUAUGUGGUUUAUGGACCUUUGUGCAAUGGAGGAACUACAGUCCUCUUUGAGAGCACUCCGGUGUAUCCUAAUCCAGGGCGUUAUUGGGAAACUGUGGAGAGGUUAAAGAUAAAUCAGUUCUAUGGAGCCCCUACAGCUAUUCGUCUACUGCUGAGAUAUGGAGAUGAUUGGGUAAAGAAAUAUGACAGAUCUUCCCUCAAGAUCCUUGGAUCAGUGGGAGAACCUAUAGACACAGAAGCCUGGAAGUGGUACUUCAGUGUGGUUGGAGAUGGACAGUGCCCGGUAGUUGAUACAUGGUGGCAAACUGAAACAGGAGGCAUCUGUAUUUCGCCUCGUCCUUCAAACCCUGGAGCUGAGAUCCUCCCAGCCAUGGCCAUGAGACCAUUCUUUGGCAUCAGCCCUUCCCUUCUGGAUGACAAAGGAAAUGUCUUAACACAGAACGAUAUCUCCGGAGCUCUCUGCAUCUCUCAGGCCUGGCCUGGUAUGGCAAGGACUAUUUACAAUGAUCACCAAAGGUUCCGGGAAACCUACCUGAUGCCUUAUCCAGGAUAUUUCUACACUGGGGAUGGAGCAUAUCGGUCAAACAAAGGAUAUUACCAGUUGACAGGCCGCCUGGAUGAUGUCAUCAAUGUCAGCGGACACAGGCUGGGCACUGCUGAGAUAGAAGAUGUUGUGAAUAAGCACGGAGCAGUGGCAGAGUCAGCUGUGAUUGGAUAUCCUCAUGAGAUCAAAGGAGAAGGAGCCUACGCAUUCAUUGUGAUGAAGAAGGGCUUUAACCUCUCCCAAAAGAACCUCGCCUCUGAGCUUCAAGGGCUAGUAUCAAAACAAAUAGCAAAAUAUGCAGCUCCAGAAUAUGUUCAGGUAGCCCGGCGGUUGCCCAAGACUCGCUCAGGGAAGAUUAUGCGGCGUGUUCUGAAAAAGAUUGUAGAAAACAAAGCAGAGGAGCUGGGGGAUCUGACAACCCUGGAUGAUCAUGAGGUGGUGAAGGAGAUCAUUGAGGGCCACAAGCAACUUCUACAGGAAGAGACGGGCCAAUAGCCUCAUUGCUCCUUGGCAUCCAAGGCAGCAUUCUGCCCCAAAGCAAUCUGCAGCAGAGCCCUGGACUCCCUUGCAGAAGGGGAAGCUAGUUUAUUCAUUGUGAAUGGGAAACCUUUCCAACAAAGCUCCCAAAGGAAUAUUUUCCAAGAGUUAUUGGCGGGGGGGAGCACCUAGUCAACUGCUGAAGGGGGGGGGAAGGAAGAGUAGGCUAAUUAAUACUGGACACCAAGUGAAUGGCAGCUGUGGAAAAAGGCAAAUUCCAUGCUUGGGAUCAUUAGAAAAGGGAUGGAAAAUAAAAAUGCUAAUGUUAUAAUGCUCUUAUACAAAUCUAUGGUGUGGCAACAUUUGGAGUAAUGUGCAGAGUUCUGGUCACUGUAUCUUAAGGGCAUUGUAGAACUGGAGAAGGUCUAGAAUAGGACAACCAAGUUUACUGGGGGCCUGGAGCACCUUCCUUAUGAGGCAAGGCUAUAGCAUCUGGGGCUUUUUCGUUUGGAAAAGAGGCGACUAUGGGGAGACAUGAUAGAGGUGUUUAUAAUUAUGCACAGAGUAGAGAGAAUGGCCAGAGGGGAAUUUUUCUCCCUCUCUCACAACACUAGAACCAGGGGACAUCCCAGAAAACUGAAGGUCAGGAACUUUAAGACCAACAAAAGGGAGUACUUUUUCAAACAGCACAUAAUUAAUCUAUGGACUUCUCUGCCAUGGGAUAUGGUGAUGGUCACUAGCUUGGAUCACAGAGCUAGUGAUCCAAUCCAUGGCGGUCAGGUCUAUCAAGGGCUACUAAUCUGGUGACUAUAGGCUACCCUCCAGCCUCAUAGGUAAGAUGCCUCUAAAUACUAGUUGCAGGGGGGCCACAGCGAGAGCGGGCAUGCCCUCACCUCUUGCCUGUGGGCUUCCCAGAGGCAUCUGGUGGGCCACUGUGUGAAACAUGAUGCUGGAUCAGAUAGUCCUUGGCCCUGAUCCCACAGGGCUGUUCUUAUUUUCUUACUCCAAGCUGGCUAGAAGAAAGGGAUCUACAUUUUUAAAAUCCAAACUCUGUAAUGGAGAAGACUCCAAGCUAAGAAUCUUUGCAUUUAAGCAGAUUUGUAAGACUUUGUCAGCUUUCUUCCAAAUUCUCAAAAACUCCAGAUUUUACCACUUGACACUCUGGGACAGCUGGGUAAGAGGUAAACAAAUAUAUAGAUCAUGAGAAAGUAUCAACAAAACAAAACAGGAUGCUGUGCAGAAGUCUUGAUUACCUGAGUCCCCUACAGGGCCUGAUUCUGGACUUAAACCAAGAUAGUAUACACAUGGUUUCAAGCUUUGCUUCUCUGUUCAUUCUUCCCUUUUAAUUCUAACUCAAUGAGAAUUAGAAACAAUAUCUUUUUUUUAAGCCCCAAACCAUCCAAGAAUUGUAUGUGAGCAGAUUCUCUGCUAGGCAACAAUAUCCCAUAGCCUCAAAGCAGCUCUGGUCAUGGGCAAUUAGUAGCUUCCACUAGGAAUUUCAAGCCCCAUCGACCUAAAAAAAUGUGCACCCAGCUAUUUCAGUGAGGUCUGCCAACAGAUCUCUCUUGCUGGAGAAAGUGCUGGUGUAUUGUGGCCUUACAGAUUUCUAGGCUCCUUCUGGCAGCCCUGUCAGUUGCAAUUCUGUCCCUCCCUGUUAACAAAAUAUAUGAAGUAGGUCUACUGCCAUUGUAUGAAGGGCGGAUAGGUGUCCAGAACAUUCAGGCUUAUUCAACUCAAAAAAGACACUUCAUCCAUAACUGAUUGUGAAAGCCAUACCUUACCUCCCCGCCUCCCCUGAACAUCCUAAGUAAGGUAAGUAUACAUUCAGUAGUAGUAAGGUCUUUUAUUAAUAGCAGCUGAUAUCCUGACUAACCAAGUACUAGUGCAACAAGAAAAAGCACCAGUGCUUCUGAAAAGUUCAACUAAUUUAGCUGCACUGCUGGCUCAGAAGUGGGGGCAAAUUUUGACAACCUCCGCUUCCCAAGGAAGUCCUCUGUGCCACCUGAAAAUAUGUUCCUGAGGGUGACACUGCCCUCAGGGAUAUAUUCUAGUAUCACACAAGGGAUUCCAAGGACAGUUGUUGUUUGCCCUUUCCCUGCC